CGGAGAGUAUUUAACCUUUUAAUUAUCUUCCUGAUGUCAUGCUGCAUUAGAUAUGGCGACAGAUGGACAGGAUCCUUGCAUUUAUGGAAUUGAUGUGGAGAAGUACACAAAAUGUCCAUGCUGUUUGAAAACUUACGAUGACCCUUGGUUCUUACAAUGCGGACACACAAUGAACUCGAGGUGUAUUCGUAAGCAGCAACCGAUUGUAAGAUGCUAUGUAUGUGAGGACACCUUUCUUCAGGCUACAUGUAGGCUCGGCAGAAAUCGGUUUGCAAGUGAUCUUGCUUUGAAGGUUACAUACAGGGAAAUAACAAAUCUUUUGCUGACUAACCCUGGAUGUUCUUUGAGUCAGCAUACAGAUAAAAGUGCAGUAAGUUACUGUGAAAAAUGCAGUAUGAGGAUGUGUUUCAAUUGUAAUCAAUUCCAUAGCAUGAAUCCCUCAACUAAAAGACACAAAACAUAUGAUGUCAGUGAGAUGAUUGCCGGGAAGUGCCAGGGGGACAUAACUGUUAAUCCACAGUCACUUUGUGAACAUCACGAUUAUGAAAUCAUUAAGAGUUGGUGUUUGGACUGUAAAAUUCCAGCUUGUGAUGAAAGUUGUUCAGAACAUCAUUUAGAAUCACUCUCAGAACAUGCAUCAAGCGCAGAAAGAGAAAUUAAGAUCAUUAAAGAAAAACUGGAAACAGGCUUGUCUGCUAUAAAGGUAGAUUUUGAGGUGGUAAAGCAAAAUAGAAGAAGAAUAAAACGAGAAGGACACUACAAAGGAGAAAUUGCUUCAGAGUUGGACUGGUCAAAACAAAAAUGCAAACUGGUUAUCAAAAUAUACAUCGUCUUAUUACGUGAAGUGGCAUUGCUUCAAAAGAAGGGGAACGAAUUUCACAAGUGUUAUACUCUGCCAUUUUUUUCAUUCCAAACCAAAAGAAUUCAAGAAUCGACCAACAGUAUUCCAAGUAGUAGUCGGUGUGCCAGCAUCAGCUCAUCUGCAUCAACCAACAGCGAUUCCAGCUGGACAGCCACGUCUAGCAUGUAUAUCAAUUCAAGACAAUCCAACCCGCUAUAUAUUUCAUCUGACAGGGCGACAUAUAUGAAUAUGAGAAGAAUGAGUAAAAUGGAUGCAUUAUAUGACAACGAGCAACUGUACACUGACAUCAGUCAAAUCGAAUCCUCAAGAGUCAAAGAGUCGUCUUUGUCAUGGAAUAGAAGCACACAUCUCAGUGAAGACAUUCACGAAAGACUUAAUUAUUUUGACACUGAAUCAAGAAUUACAGGUAUGGUGUUUGUGAAUGACACCAUCAUAGUUGCCAGUCAUUCUGCUGGAUGUUGUACUGGUUAUGACAUCCAUGGGAAAAAUUUAUGGGAUAUAACAGAACGACUGAAUGGACCCUUCGAUGUAGCAGCAUAUAAGUCGGACGACGGAAAACAAUAUCUUUAUAUCACAGAUCCUGGAAGACGAUAUAUAACUUCAGACGCAACAAUCCACGUCUUCAAAUUGAGGAAAAAUGAGCGAUACAGUUUUGAGAGAAGAUUUACAAAAAAUUGUGGUCAGCCAAGGGGAAUUUGUGUAGCAUCCUCAAAAGUAUAUGUCUGUGAGCCAGAGAAAAAUGAAGUUAUCGAAUAUACCAUUUGCAGGAAUGGGACAGGGAAAGUUCUUAAUAAAUACGGUAAAGGUGUUGUGUUUCUUAAACAACCAUUGUAUAUUUCAGUGGAAACAGGUGACAGGAUAAGACUUUUGAUAUCCGAUACUGAACUAGGCUUAAAAAGAGUUGUAAUCCAUGAGCGUGAGAACAAUACAAGUGGAUGGAAAAGUCCGAAGGGUGAACAUUUCACACCAUCGAAACCUUGUGUUUGUAAGAAGAGUGUUGUUGUAGGAAAUUCAACAGGUCAAAAAUUACAUUUUGUGAAUUUUCAGACUCGAAAGUUGAGCCACAAGGAGUAUGAAAUAGAAGAUAGGUUUCACAGUCCCGUUGCUCUUGCUUUUGACAGCGAUCAUGGAUACCUCAUAAUGGCGUGCAAAGAUGGUCUGAUUGUUAUUUAUCGCACUGUGGAUUUUGUUGAAAUGUACGAAAUAGUGCCUGAAGUGAAAGACGAUGAUCCACUCUAUGCAAAUCAUUAUUUCGCAAUGAAAUGACUGUUAGACAUAAACUAUAUAUUAUGUAGCCGUUCUAUAUUUAAUGUCAAAUCUACAAUAAACAAUAAUAAUUUGAAAACACACAUAA